UGACGUUUUCGGUGUGAAACAGAAACACCUACAAAAUUAUUAUGCAUGAGGUUUUCUGGAUUAGACAGCAUCCGAAAAAGAUCGGAUAACUACAAGAGAGCAUGUGUGUGCAACAGUGCAAUGAUUUAUUUACUGCAAAUAUAACGACAAGAGCAGGAGCAGUGGGAAAUGGGAAUCAGUCCGGAAGAUUCAUUCCGAUCUGUGGGCGUGAACUUCUAUCCUUUUCGGAAAACUCGUAAGAGUGGCGGGUCCUACAUGGAUCCAAAUUCUUAUGAUCGAUCCAUUGAAUCAAUCAAUUGUGACACUGCGUACGUGGGAUUUGGUAAAAGACCAUGUCUCAAUUCGUCUCCCUGUGCUGCUAAACGCUACCCUGGGUUUGGGAAAUAACGUAGGUUCUUAUCUCCAACCGUUUCAACACCGCCUCCGAUAGUAAAUGAGCCAUUAUCUGGAUCCCCCUCCCUUUAGCCCUUCAUCCAACCAAACAUUUUCCUUUCGAAUUUUUUCAAAAAAAAAAUAAAAUAAAAUAAAAACUCAGAAAAACAGGAGACUUUUUAUCCUUUUUAUAUAUAAAAAAGUAAAAUAUAUGAAAAAGCAAAACUGGAAUUUUGCUCCUGCCCGAUUGCCACCUGAGCUAGUAAGCAAACAAAGAGGUAGGCCAAGUGUUGUAUAAGAGGGUUAAACAGUGAGGCUGGCCAUGGACACGACAUGUCCUGUUCGCCAUGCCAAGUAUUCAACCAAAAGCCACGUUACAGGUUAUGUCUCAUAACUCCUUCCUUCCUUCCUUGUCGUAUAAAUACCGCCACCCUUUUCACUUAUGGCUUAUCACACGCACCAAAAGCAAAAACAGAAGAAAAAGAAGAAGAAAAGAGAGAGAGAGAGAGAAAGAGAGAGAGAGAGAAAGAGCUCGGAAACACAAACACAAUCCCUUCCUCUUUAAAUCCCAGAGUUGUGUGUCAUUGUCAAUCAACCACAAUGUUGAAGUCAGAGAUGAGCAGCGUUAAGCUUGGGGAAAGAAAGCAAGUGAAGAGGCCUGCACAGGCCAGUUCAAGAAAGGGGUGCAUGAGAGGGAAAGGAGGCCCUGAGAAUGCCAUGUGCACUUACAAAGGUGUGAGGCAGAGGACUUGGGGGAAAUGGGUGGCUGAAAUCCGUGAGCCCAACCGUGGUGCUCGUCUCUGGCUUGGCACUUUUGACACCUCCCAUGAAGCUGCUUUGGCUUAUGAUGCUGCUGCUCGCAAACUCUACGGUUCCGAGGCCAAGCUCAAUUUGCCUGAUCAAUUAGUCCCUCACUGUCACCAUCACCAUCACCAUCAAGUCCCUUCCUCUGCCAACACCCACAUGCUUCCACAGACGCCAAACCCAUCUGCCCAACUAACCCUUCUGCAUCAGAAUCCAUCAGGUACUUCCAGUGCCGGUUUAUCAAACGAUUAUGCUGCUCCUCUCAACAAUGUUGCAGUUCCAGUACUUCGCGAUCAUUAUCCGAAUGUGAAAGCUCAUCAGCCCCAUGGUACUUACCCUGAGCCUAAGCCAGAGGCCGAGCACAGCAAGAUGAAAGUGGAGGAGAAUAUGAGUGGCAAUGAAGGAAUGGAUUCUGGAAUUUUCUGGGGCAACGUAAGCGGAAACUUUCCGAUGUUCGAUGACUCGAUAUGGGCGGAGGCAGCCAUGUCCCUUGAUUUUCCGGUGAUAGAAGAUCAUGGCAUUUUUUCCAGCAACUCCGUCGAUGGAAGUGGCUGGGGACCAUUGCAGCCAUCUCCAUGGUGCGUGUAAAUGUGAAGCUACAGAGCUAAAGACGGUGUCCUAGGAAAUGAAGUUGCACAAAUUAGAACCUCAGUACUUGUAUGUACAUCCAUACUAUAUAUAUAUAUAUAUAUAUACGUAGUGUAAGAGG